AGUCUCAAGUUGGCGAUCGUGAAGUACGGAUCGUGAAAUAAAAAGAAGUUUAAAGCUCAAGCAUAAUUUGCGCAAAUUAAUCUCAAAUAAAAUAAUCUUUAAAUUUUCUGAUAAAUAUGAAGAAAUGUUUUGUUUAUUUUUAAAUUCGCAAUGAAGAAAUGUGAUAAGAAUUAAGAAAAUAAGUCAAAUCUGAUAUAAUUAAAGAUUUCGUUUUGUGAAAUCUGAAGAAAGAGAAAAACAUUUUCUUGAGAAGAAAAUUUUAAUUGGGUGCACUUUUACGCUAUCACAAUGGCAGUUGAUCAUGCCCUUGAAGAGUUAAUGUCCGCUCUAGGCGACUUUGGACGUUAUCAAGGUUUUCAGUUUUUUCUCCACAUCUUAUCAGCUGUGACAGCUGGUCUGCAUAUUCUAUCAUUGGUCACAAUCGCAGCUGUUCCUGAUCAUCGAUGUUUUAUUGAAGGCAUUGACACAAACUUAUCAACAGCAGCAUGGAAUUCAACAGCAAUUUUAUCAGCAAUUCCUUUAAUCGAUGGAAAACUUGAUUCUUGUCACAUGUUUGUACCAGGAACAAAUAAGACAACAACUUGCUCGAAAUAUGUUUAUGACGACCUUUAUUACAAGGACACAAGAUCAAUUGAAUGGAACAUGGUCUGUGGCGAAAGAUUCAAGGGCGCCUUUGCCCAGACUAUUUACAUGCUUGGAGUUUUUGCUGGUGCUGUUGUUCUAGGCGGUCUUGCGGACAAAGUCGGAAGAAAGAAAAUAUUUUGUUGGUCAGCGACACUCCAAAUAGUUUUUGGUGUUGGAGUUGCUUUCAUUCCUGAAUAUUUCACUUUUUUGGUCUUCCGAUUCAUUUAUGGAAUUUUCGGAUCUGCUGGCUGUUAUAUUACUGGAUUUGUGUUGACAAUGGAAUUGAUUGGACCAUCGAAAAGAACACCUUGUGGAAUUGCUUUCCAAGCUGCAUUUGCAAGUGGAAUUAUGUUAGUUGCUGGAUGGGGAGCUGUGAUUAAAGAUCGUCAAUUAUUGCAAGUUAUCUACGGACUUCAUGGAUUCUUGCUUUUCGCACAUUGGUGGCUAAUGGAUGAAUCUCCAAGAUGGUUGUGGACUCAAGGACGUCAAGCUGAAGCUGUUGAUAUCGUAGCGAAAGGUGUUAGAAUAAACAGACGUGGAAUUGUAUUAGACAAAGAACAUUUCUUGCAUCGUUCAAAGAAACCUCAACGUGUUAUCGUUGAUGCACCUAAAUCAACAACAGGCAUGACUGAUCUCUUCAAGUCACCAAAUCUUCGAAUGAAAACUUUAAAUGUCUGCUUCUGUUGGUUUGCCAACUCAAUUGCUUAUUAUGGAUUGUCACUUAGCACGGGAAGCAUGGGUGGAAAUCCUUUCUUUAAUUUGUUUAUUAUGAGUCUCGUCGAGUUUCCAAGUUAUAUUGCAGUCAUUUUGCUUUUGGAUCGUCUUGGACGUAGAGCAAUCACAAGCAGUUUUAUGUUGAUUGGUGGCAUGGCAUGCAUCGUUGCAGUUGUAAUGACUGAGAAAUCGACAGAAGCAACGACAACAGUCUUUACUGGAAAACUCUUCAUCGCUGGUUCUUUUGCUGUGAUUUACAAUUAUUCAGCUGAACUCUUUCCAACAGUUGUAAGAAACUCAGCAAUGGGCUUGGGAUCAAUGAGUGCUCGUUUGGCGGGUGCUUUCACUCCACUCAUAACUCUGCUUGAUUCUUUUGAUCCAAAAAUUCCCGCAAUUGUUUUCGGCAUUGUGUCCAUUCUUUCAGGCUUUUGGGUGCUUUUAUUGCCUGAAACAAAUGGACAAGCAAUGCCUGAAAGCAUCGAAGAUGGUGAGAACUUUGGAAAAGGUGAUACAUGUUUCACAACAUGUUUGGGACGGAAACCAAUCAAAACUGAUUAUCAACUUCCGCCAGAACAACCAAUGGUACAACUCGGAACAUUCCAGCAAUAAAAUGUUUAUUAACUUACUUAGAAAUGCAGUUUGACAAUGCAAAAUGUUAUGAAGUUCAGUUUAGAAUUCUAUUUUGCUUAUGAAUUUAUGUUAAUAAGAUCGAAUUACUUAGACUUCGGCUACUUUGGGAAUUUUCCUAAUUUAAUAUUUUUAACAAUAAUUUUGUGUCGUCUUUCAUGAAAGAAAAACUUUUAAUUAGAUUUUAUGACAACUUGGUUUUCACCAAGAAAAUAAUUGGAAGGAGAAUGACAACUGUUUAAUGUUCUUAUUUAUGAUCAAUUCUUAAUAACUGUUUAUGAUAUUUCGCUCGAUGAUAAUUUCCUACUUUAAUGACUCAAUAGUUUUAAUAGCAUUUUCCUUCUCCAAGUUGUCUCAAAAUCAUUUGUCAAGCAUGAAGACGAUAAAAACUUACUUAAAGGAUCUUUUAUUAUUUUUAGAUGCAAGCUAGAAACCAUUUUAAUAGCUACGGAGGCGUUUAGUCAGCACAUCAAAGUUAUAUGACUUUAUAAGACACAAACAUGAAAAGUUUUUAGAAUUUUCACAAGUUUAUAAGACAAUAAAAAAAUUGUAAUUAUGUAGAAAG